AUGAGUGCCUCAGAGAAAAGGAUCAUCACCGUGGUUGGCGGGACUGGAAACAUCGGCAAAGCCGUCGUCGCAGCUCUACAAGAAAGUCAGCUUUUCCAUGUCCGAGUCACCUCGCGCGAUCCCGCGACAGGGAAGGCCAAGGAGUUUGCUGACAGCGGUAUUGAAGUCGUCAAAGCCGACUCCUGGAACCCCAAGGAGCUCGAUGCCGCCUUCAAGGGCUGCUGGGGUCUAUGGGUAAACACCAACUCGGACGACAUCAACUUCAAGAACGAGGUCGGGCCUCCAGAGUCAGAGAUGGGUCGCAUAAUAAUUGACGCUGCCAUCCGCCAAGGCGUUGACCACUUCGUCUUCCAGAACCUGCCCGCUGCGUCCAAAAUCACCAACGGCGAGGUCCCCAUCUUAUCCUUUGACAACAAGGAGACCAUUUCCGACUAUGCCAAGGCUGCUGGCUUCAAGACUACAACCAACGUCAACCUGGGCUGGGUCCUGGAGGUCUUCUGGCUCGACACCUAUGUGGACGCCUUUGGUGGCCUGGCCAAAAAGCCUGACGAGGAAGGUUUCCUCUCGCUCAAGGUCCCACCUAUGGGCAAUGACCCAGAGGUUGUCCCAUGGACCGCCGUCGAGCACGAUUACGGCGACGCUGUUCUCGGCGUGUUUAUCGACCCAGAGCCUUGGGCCGAUAAGACGGUAUGGGCCAUAUCAGACCCUCGCAGCUUCCAGGACCUCGUUGAUGCAUACAACAAGGUCAGCGGAACCAAGCGCGCCCGUCGUGUUAUCCCCGAGGGAGCUCUCAAGACAAAGACCCAAGGCAAGACCAAGGAGGUCAAUGGCCUCUUUGGCUACUGCCAUUGGGUCAAGGGGAACUACUGCGGCAACAAGCCCGUCGACCUGACAGAUAUGAAGACUUUGAAGGCUCUGGGAGCCAAAGCCCGUGGUCGCACCGGCAAAGACGCCGAGUUGCAGACGGUGGAGGAGUUCUGGGCCAUGACAAUACCCCGGUACCAGGACCAAGCAUCUUCAGACCAUAAGCUGUAG